AUGCCACCACCACAGCUACGACGCCUCCUCGGACACGAGCACCAGGUUCGCUCGGGCGGCGCUGGACCCGCCAACACCGAACCCUACUUUUCCGCGGAGAGCAGCUCCUGGAAGAGCCCGGACGACAUACUCUCGAUUCUCAUGAUCAUAGGCGGCGACAUCGUCCAGCGCGCGGUGGCGCAGCUCGCAGGCAGUGGCCCGUCGCACUUCGCGCCCGUCGCAUUCUCCUUCGGCUGGCUCGCGUACUCCGUCUCCGCGCUCACCUCAGCGGUUGGCGACGGACGUCUCCUUCCUCCCCCGGACAUUACGGCGCAAGUUGUGAAUGCGCAUUCGGGGUACGGACGGGAAAACGCCAGCUGGGUGCUCAGUCGCCUCCUGCGGGACAGUGAGAAGCACGCGGUCAAGGACAGCCCACUCACCAUUGUGUUCUUCCGCACGCGCCGCAAUGGGAGCGCGGGCUUCCCCGCGCGCGACUGGGUGUACUGGAGUGGUGUGCUCGUGAUCCUCGCGCAGCUCGCGAUCGCGGCCAUCCCCGGGGCGCUGAACGGGAACUGGAUCCCGCUGAUGGUGACCGCGGGCGGGACUGUGCUUGCGCUGACCGCUAGUGGCUUGCCACAGUGGCGCGAGGAGAAAUUUCGCGCAGCGCGCAAAGUAAAGGAGGGCAGCCGCGAGGUAGUGUGCAUCACGCGCGGGAACGGGAGCGCGUUUGCGAUGGUCGUCAUCACCGACAGCGGAGGAAUCCGGCUUGAAGACCUCGCGGGCGGGCGGUUCCAGCGCACGGUGUUCACCUCAAUCAUGUCCGCGGUACUCUGCGUGCUCUGGGUCGUCCUGCUUUUGGCGGUGGAGGGUAUUCAGGGAGAUGCGUGGUACCUGCUUGCUGUGGGCGGCCUCGGGAUGGUGCAGAAUGUCGUCGCGGCGGGCGCACGGCGCAGCGCAGCCGCCCUCGGCUUCCACUUCGAGCGUACGACGAAGGACGACGUCGUCACGGACCUCACGGACAAAAAGGUGAUGUCGACGCUGCAGAGUGCAGAGGAAAGGGAAGCGGGUGUGGGACUCGCCCUGCUUCCGCUUUACUUCCCCGGAGAUUUGCGCGCGGAGGAGAAGGCGUAUUGGGAGCAGAGGAAGGCGGCCACCAACAAGGCGCAGGUGCCUAAGAGCCUAGAAGCGCGGCCGCCGAGGACAUCUGAGAAGAAGGUCCCCCAAACGAGGGCUGACCCCGCAGAGAAGGAUAUCGCCGAGUCAAUGCCUUCAGUGUCGUUCACGGAUGAUGCGUCGUCAAGUCAGACACAUCCCGCUGCGUCUGGACACUGCGGUCACGUUGGUCAAUGA